GAUGAUGAUGAUGUUGACGACGACGAUUAUGAUGAUGAUGAUGAUGAUGAAGCUGACGAUGACGAUGAUGAUGAUGAUGAUGAUGCUGAUGAUGACGAUGAUGAUGAAGAAGAAUAACUGA